UGCGCCCAGCCGUCCCUUCACUCAUUGGAUAUCCGCUACCUAGUCCACCAAUCGGCGCAUGAGUCUUGAUUUGUUUGUGGGAGGGGCUCCGAAGUCCGCGGUACCGGGCUGGAGAGUGUCGGUGGAAUCUUCUCUUCUAUCACUCGUUAUGGCCGCCGCAAGGUGCCGCAAGGUCGUUAUCCUGGGCCAUGUAUCGGUCGGUAAAACAGCCCUGACCCUUCAGUUUGUCAAAGGAGAAUUCCCGAAAGAGUAUGAGCCAACUCUGGAGAACAUUUGGAACAAUACGGUUUAUGUGGGAAAGGAUCAGUAUGAAGUGACUGUGGUGGACACAGCGAGUCAUUUGGAAUUCUCCUUCCUUCCUCCAUCCUUUUUUAUUGGUGUAGAUGGAUACAUCGUGGUCUACAGUGUGGAUUCCAAUGCAAGCUUUCAGAUUGCGGUAGUGCUGCACCAAAAGCUGCAGGAGAGACGAGGCAUAGGCUGUACUCCGAUUGUUCUUGUGGGGAACAAGAAAGAUCUGCCAGCACAAAGUCGUCAAGUGUCACAAUUAGAAGGCCAGAGGCUGGCGGACACCUGGGGAUCACCAUUCCUGGAAGUGUCUGCUAAUGACCCCGAGGAAAGCAAACUGGUUUUCUUGAAAAUGAUCGAGGAAAUCGAUCGCAUGGAGAAGUCCUUCACCAAGAAGAAGAAGUGUCACCUAAUGUGAAGGGUAUGGGGAGCUGCGGGAUGAAGCCGCACACCGAAUAGGGGCGUCUGUAUCCAGGCCCGUCCCCUCCCCCACAGCGCGCACUCUGAUUGGUUAUACCUAAUGUACUCCCGGGUUGGGAGCCGCGUUAUAUAAUAUAUAAUAUUAUUUUAUUGUUUUUCCCUUUUUUCUGGGAAUUUGGUUUUUAUGGUCGGUUGUAAAACCACAUAUUGGGAAGGACUUUCCGUGUUAUUUAAAUUCUUUUUAUUUUUAAGUUAUUUCUAUUUUUGCACUUUUAUUACACUUCUGUACCCAGGAGUGUGAGAUUUACGGGUAAGG